GAAGCCGUUAUUGUGAAAGAGGCAAACACUGUGAGGUUGAAGAGGGACAUCAUAGGACUAGAACUUAAAUUUACUCUUCCCAUUAACUUAAAGUAUCAACAGCUCAUAAUCAGUCAUUUCUGGAAGACCUGUUCAAUUAAAUGACAGCACCACGACUUCAGCACAUUCAACAUCAUCUUGUAACAUCAGAAAAGAGUAACUCCUGGGAGCGCGACAUGUCUCAGAGCCCGCUAACGACUCAUGCCCUCAACACGGCCCGAGGGAUCCCCGCUGCUCGCCUGGCGGUCACUGUUUCCCGGUUGGAGAACGAGGGAUGGAAAGAGGUAGCAAGAGGGGUUACUAAUUCAGAUGGCAGAUGCCCUGGUUUGCUAACAUCACAGACUUUUAUUCCUGGGAUAUACAAGAUGAAAUUUGCAACAGAUGAAUAUUGGCAAUCAUUAAAAGUGGCCAGUUUCUACCCAUAUGUAGAGAUUGUCUUCAACAUUUCAGAUACAAGUCAGAAGUACCACAUUGCUCUUCUCCUGAAUCCAUUCUCAUAUACUACCUACCGAGGAUCCUAAGUGUCCUUAUCAUUACAAUAAUGCAGUGUGGAUUAAUUUUUACAUUGUAAUAAGAUUCUGUAUGUUAAUAUGUGUAUUUUUCACUGACUAUACAAUAAUAGAAAAUAUUAUAGAUUCAAAUGGAAAAAUAAAAGCAUGGCCUUUAUUUGCACAAAAUUGAGGAAGCUAUGUAUCUGCUAUAUUUUCUUAUCAUUGGUCAAACCCUGUUUAUGGCACUGUGUUAAGUUUUGGGACCCGGGUUUUAGACUUAUUUUUAAGACAAAUUGUUUCAACUUGGCUUGCAUUCACUUCAAUAAUAAAAGUAAUGUAAUUAAGUGUUUUAAAUGUUUCCUAGAAUUCCCAGGGAGAGGUUAUGAUACAUCACUGAUAGCAAAGAAUACCCUGAAGUAAGAAUUUUUAUUUUAAUACCAAAUUUGAAACUGGAUUGGUGAAAUGAGCAGGACCUGUCCACUACAUAAUUAGUUGGGCUAAUCUUGUAAGUGUAAUUAAAACCUGGAAACUUGUUUGAACAUCAGGAAUCUUUCUGUAAUUUGGGUUGCAAAUUUGAAGAUCAGAUGUUGCAAGAGGCUAAAAUUCUGAGAGUAUCCAUGAUGAAGUUACUUUUUAGUGGGGAAAAUUGUUUCAAGCUCACAUGUAAUCAGGCUACAGACUUAAAGCUGUUGGGAAGCAAAUCAUAAAUAUAAUUAUUUGAAGAGAAACAACAAUUAUUUGUUGGAGGAAAAGAUACUAUUUUGGAGACAUCUGAUUUGCACAUUUUGGCUUUUAUUUCUCUAAUAGCUAGGAGGGUGCUCUUGCUUAAAUGGAAGGAUGUUGCUCCGCCUACUCAUGCUCAAUGGUUACGUGAUGUUAUACCAUGCCUAAAUUUAGAAAAGAUCCACUAUUCAAUUUCUGAAUCUAGUCAAGACUUUCAGACAUUGUGGGGACCAUUUUUGAACUAUUUUCAAAACCUUUGAUUUGCUGUUAAAGUACAGAUGUUGGCUAAUAACAUAUUUCACUAUACGAUAAGGUAAGAAAAAAGGAAAAAAAAUUCUUAACAAAGAGCAUUGAUCUUGGUAGUGGCUUUAGAUUUUUUUGGUAUAACAAAAUUAUCACAUUUCAAUAUUACAAUUUAACUUAAUUUACAUGAAUACAGGAUAAUGAGAUUGCAUGUGUGAAUCAAAUAUAAUGUAUUCGGUAUUAUUUUAUCUUUUUUGACUUAUAGUAUAUAUCUUCUUGUACUCUGUAUUCUUCUAUGUAGAAAUUAAUAAAAAUAUUGAAGGAGAAG